GGUCACACAACAAGAUUGCUCCGUUUGGAUAAACACAGCAAAUCCUAGAUUGACAAACAACAACACAGACUCAAAGACAUGGUUCAGGAUACAACGUUCCCACUGGGCGUGGCUGGUGUCAUUGGAUUCCUGCUGCUCAUAUUGAUGGUAUUGCUCUGCAAGUACAAGCGCAGGUUGAAGAGACAGAACAGAGUGCAACAGUGGAUUAACCAAGACAAUACACAAGCACCAGCAGAUCCUGUAGUAAACUCCUAUUCUCCAGGUUUUUUAAGGCAACCGUCAACAGGCUAUCCCUACUAUCCUGAUGUCUUACACGAGUGGAUGGAAAUACCAAACAUUUAUGAUUCAAGUCACGGCGUAAAAGUUUACAAUGGAGCGUCACUGACUGGUGAUUCUGUUUGUCAAGACUUGCGCAACAGUCUCAGGAACAAUAGACAUGAGUUUUACUAUCACGCUACAUCGUGGAUGUCAGCUAGGGCAAUAUAUGAAAAGGGAGUUAAUCUCAAAAGAGGUGGAAAGUCGCAAGACUUCAGUGAUUCGGAUGGAUACUAUCUUCACAAAAUGCUCAAGCCUGCUGUUAGAUGGGCAAAGAGGAAAGGUGGCGAGCAACCUGCAAUUCUUGUUUAUGCCUACACUAUCCCGCCUAAAUUCCAAGUUCUUAAUUUAUGUGGUUUACGAAACGAGAAGUUGUGGGAGAACGUCGUCAAAGCUUUCAGAUCAGGAAAUAAAGAAUGGGCGCCAAAUACUAAUCCACCUCCAGGAAAUGCUGACUGUGUUAUUGGUCCCAUUUGUGCGAAUGGUAAUGAUUGUCCAAAACGACGUGUCAAUUAUAGCUUGAGUGAGAUUGACUUCAAAGCUAAGAAAUUACGUAAUUACAAGAAAUUACGUAAUUACAAGAAAUUACAUAUUUACACACAGAUUUGUGUAAAGAAUCAGAUGGCAAGCUGGAUUAAUUCUAAACUCGUUAGGAUCAUCUUCUUUCCACCGACUGAAAUACAAGACAGAAAGCAACAAGUGUUUCACCCAUUCAACUAUAAUUUGCUUUGAUGUACAAGUCAGAUAUGUCACUGAAUAUUGAAUGUGUUGUUGUCUACUAGAAACCGUCUUGUACACAAGAAUAUAUUGUAGAGGCACGAUCGCUUCAUGUACAUGUAUAGGAGAAUAUAAUGC